ACUGUACUCAAAAGUACCAUAACAACAUUGAAGCUCUUAUUAUUACAUAGUUUGUGUUAUAUUCUGAUGUUCUGAUGAGACAUGACCAAGUUUAAUGUAUUACCUGAAGUUUUAACUUAAGCAGCUAAAAUUGCAGCUUGACGGCGGAAAAGGCUGCAUUCGUCAUUCGGUUUAUCGAUUAAAAAUAUCAAUAAAUAUCGAGCUGUAAAAAUAUCUUAGACUAUUAUUUGUGUAUAUUAUGACUGAACUGUGGAAUAUUCCUGAUAAAGGAUCUUUUCGGAACCCAUAUUUCGCUGGAAGAACCAAUAAAAAGGAAGUUGAACCAAAAGAUGAGUCCGACUCUGUUUAUGAAAUAUCUACUACAGAUGAAUCAGAUGAUUCACAACCAAAUAACGACGCUAAAGUAAAAAGUAUCAAAAAGAGGCGACCAAGACGCAGGAAAAACACGAAGCAAACUGCCGCAUCACUAAAAACUGAGAAUAAUGUGAAAAAAACAAUCAAACCGGAUGAAGAUAAGAAAGAUGUUAACAAAAAAGAUAUCAUUCCAGGCCCUGAACCGUCAACCGUAAAUACAAGUGAUCCAAUCAAAGACGAAAAAGAUGUCAAGAUCAGUUCAGAUGUCAAAGUUCUCGAUCCAGUUAAGACAAGCCCAAUGGAAAUUGUUGAGAAUAAUGAAGUAAAAGAAACUCAAGAUAUAUCGAAAAAUGUGGAUACAUGUGUUGAACCUAUUGGCUCAGUUAACGGAAAAUCGGACGAUAAAAUAGAAGCCAAAUGUAUACGUAUUGGCUGUUGUAACUCUCCUGUUGCCCACACUGAAUGGGAUAAUGAAUAUUGUUCGUUCAAAUGUGUUGUUGAACAUUGUAAGAUUGCCUUUUUUAAUUGGACUGUGGCUCGUCAGGCCGAAGAAGCUCUGUUGAGAGCACAAGCUGAAGAGGCUCGGUUAGCAGCACAAGCAGAGGAAGCUCAAUUAGCAUUAAAGGGUUGAUAUUAACUCUUGAAAUUACACUAUUCGACACAAAUGUUUCAAUUAAAUACACUAGAUACCCUAAAAUAUGCUUUGUUUCGAAUUCAAUCAUGUAAAUGUAGAAAGCAUGGGUCAAUAACAUUAUGCCAAAAAUGAAACUGUUUAAGUUUAAGAUUUUAAACAACCAAAUUGAAAAUCAUAUUCUAAUGAAUUGUUGGGUUCAUACUAAGAUAAUUAAUAUGAAAUUUGAAAUUUGG